AUGAGAUUCGUUUUGGGUUAUUCCGUGGCUUUCUCUAUCAUCUUCCUGCAACUAGCAACGGCACACGAAAUCAAAUCGGAGCAAGGAAGGGCAGCACAAUGGCUGAGGGACGCCAAUGACCGCGCCGGCAGAGUGUAUUAUAACUUACAAGUGGCAAGAUGGGUGUACGCUACAAAUAUAACUAAAUUUAACGGAGAAAGACAGCACAACGCCUCCAUCAUGUCUGCAGAGUUUGACAGAGAGGCGGCGGAAAAUGCUACAUCGUUUGCCUGGGAAAAUUUCACCGAUUCUGAUCUUAGGAGGCAAUUCAGAAAAAUCUCCGAUGUCGGUUCGGCAGCACUCCUUCGCAAGGACAAGGCAAAAUACGAGAGGCUCAUAUCGUUGGUCACCAAGAUGGAGACUACUUAUAGCGAGGGCCAAGUAUGUGACAAAAAGGGCACGUGUUUAGAUUUGGAGCCAGGUCUUACCCGAUUAAUGGCUACCUCGAGAAAUUAUUCGGAACUUCUUGAUGCCUGGAAAGGAUGGCGGGAUGCAACUGGACGAAAGAUUCGAGAUGACUACAAGGAGUUUGUUAGUCUCAGUAACGAGGCCGCUGUCGAAAAUGGGUACCGAGACACAGGGGACUACUGGAGAUCCUGGUACGACACUGCCGACUUCCGGGAUCAACUAGAGCAACUGUAUGAGGAGAUGAAACCGCUCUACCUUAACCUACACGCCUAUGUGAAGAAUAAACUGAAGGCAAAAUAUGGAGAGAGCUUGUUUCCACCGAGUGGACACAUUCCAGCUCACUUAUUAGGGAAUAUGUGGGCCCAAAGUUGGAACAAUAUAUUCGACAUCGUGGAGCCUUUUGCUGGGAAACCUAGCGUUGACGUCACCCCUAAGAUGAAGGAACUGAAUUACACGCCCCGUAGAAUGUUCAACAUUUCUGACGAAUUCUUCACUUCGCUGGGUUUGGAAGCAAUGCCACAGGAGUUUUGGGAUCAUUCCAUGCUAGAGAAGCCUACGGAUGGACGUAAGGUUGUGUGUCACGCGUCAGCCUGGGAUUUUUACAACAAAAAAGACUUCAGAAUCAAACAGUGCACAGACAUCACGAUGGAUGAUCUGAUCACAGUCCACCAUGAAAUGGGCCAUGUGGAGUAUUAUCUCCAGUACAAGGAACAGCCGGUUGUGUACAGGAGGGGGGCAAAUCCCGGGUUCCACGAGGCUGUUGGUGACGUACUGGCCCUCUCAGUCUCCACGCCAACACAUUUGAAAGAGAUCGGCCUGCUGGACAACGUUACCAAUGACAAUGAGAGUGUCAUAAACUAUCUAAUGAGCAUUGCCCUGGACAAAAUUGCCUUUAUUCCAUUUGGAUAUUUGAUGGACCAAUGGCGCUGGGGUGUCUUUAAUGGGUCAAUAAAGUUUGAGGAAUAUAACAAAGAGUGGUGGAAGUUACGGUGCAAAUACCAAGGCGUUUCUCCCCCAAUACACAGGAAUGAAAGCGAUUUUGAUCCUGGUGCCAAGUAUCAUAUACCAGCUAAUACGCCAUAUAUAAGGUAUUUUGUUAGUUAUGUCCUACAGUUCCAGUUCCACGAGGCCCUCUGUAACACAGCCAAUCAGACAGGUCCCUUGCACAUGUGUGACAUCUAUCGAUCUACAGAGGCAGGAGCAAAACUUGGUAACAUGCUAAAACUUGGAUCCAGUAAACCAUGGCCAGAGGCACUGGAGAAAGUUACAGGGACCCGUAACAUGUCCGCUAACGCCAUCUUGCUCUACUUCAAGCCUCUAAUUGAUUGGCUAAAGGUCCAGAAUCAAGGUCAGACCAUAACAUGGUCUGAAGAAUGUCCAAUUGAGUAUUACACGACUACUUCUGUUCCUUCAACUGCCAAACCAGCAAAUUCAACAGGAAGGUUGCACAAUGGUUUCUUUAUAGUAGCCUUUAUAUCUGUAUUGGCGCUUUACAUUUUAAGGUGA